GGUUAUUUUAUUUGAACUUUUUCUUUUUGGAAUUUUCAGUGUGGGCACUACUCAUACUAUUUAUACUACAGAACGGCAGAGAAUUGUGCAUAAGUAGGCGAUUUAGGACGCACCUAAAGCUUCAAAAAGAUUUGGGGAAGACAUGGCUCCCAUUGCUUCAGAUUUAACAGAAGAGCAAAGGAAGAAGCUCUGUAACCUGUUGGGGAAUGUGGAACUGUCUCUUCUCUACAAAGCUUCAGUUCAUGGAUAUAAAGCUUCUGACUUUCAUCAGAGAUGUGACCGUCAGGGUCCCACCAUAAUUGUAGCCUACAACAGUUCAGGCUACAUCUUUGGUGGAUAUACUAGUGUAGAUUAUGCUCAGAGUGGGCAGCAUAUUACUGAUAAUGAAGCUUUCCUGUUCAGCAUUAGAUAUGGAACCCCUCUCUGCAUCAAAGUGAACAGUGGACAAUAUGCACGUUAUGAUGAUGCUGGAGGGCCCAACUUUGGCGGGCAGUUGUACUUUUGCUAUGAAAAUCAACCAGUUGUGGAAAAUCAGUGGGGUGAUUCAUUCAGUUUUACUGAUGCAAAGUUGUUUGGGAGCAACACUAACCUGACUGAAUGUGAGGUGUACAAAGUCAAACAGAUCCUUCAGGUUAGUGUAAAAGAGAAGCCAUGGAGGAAUAUUCUUUGGACAGAAAAACAAAAAGAAAAGCUCAUAGAUAUGAUCAGGAAUUAUAAACCCCUGAUGUCGUCUGUGAGUCGUGUCCGAAUCCUAAUGAUCGGUCCUGUAGGUGCUGGAAAAUCCAGUUUCUUCAACUCCAUCAACUCCAUAUUUAUGGGUCACGUGACCAGCAAAGCCAUGUCAGGAUCUGCAGGCACUAGUGUCACCACACAGUUUCGCACAUAUCCAGUGAAAGACGGUUGUGAGAGAAAGCCAUUGCCAUUUGUGUUGUGUGACACCAUGGGACUCGAGGAGCAGUCAGGUGCAGGACUGGAUAUUGAGGACAUCAGCAACAUUCUUCAAGGUCACAUACCAGACCGCUAUAAAUUCAACCCCAUGGCACCGUUUAAACCUGAUGAGCAAAAGGCCUCCAGACCUGCAUCUCUACAGGAGAAGAUCCACUGUGUGGUGUAUGUGAUAGACACCAUCAAAAUCUCCCUCAUGUCUGACAAACUACAGGAAAAACUUAAUUCUAUACGUAGUCAAAUAAACUCACUGGCCAUUCCUCAGAUCGCCUUGAUGACAAAAGUAGAUGAAGCAUGUCCUCAUGUGCAGAAGGACCUUCAAAACACUUAUGCAAGUUCCUACAUCAAGUCGAAGGUGCAGGAGAUGAGCUCUUGGUUGGGUGUGCCGGUGUCUUGUGUGUUACCGGUGAAGAACUACAGUCAGGAGCUGGAGCUGGAGCUCAACUGUGACAUCCUGCUGCUCACCGCUCUACAGCAGAUGCUUCGCUUUGCAAACGACUAUCUGGAUGAUGAUCCCAUUUAAGCCAUAUAGUGUGCUGCAUAGACAGGGGUUUACACUGAUCAGCCAUAAUAUUAAAACUUCUGAAAGGAGAAAUGAAUAACAUUGAUUAUAUCUUUACAAUAGAAUAACAAGUGAUUUAUGAGGCAAUACCACAAGAAGUGCUAGCAAUACAAAGAUUCAAACAGUAGUACAAGCAAGGAAAAGGAGUAUAGGAAUAGUGAAAGCAUAGAAAAAUAAGUUUUGUUUUUUCUUCUUCUUUUUUUUAAAUCAGCAGGAUGCCAUUAAGUGCUCACAGAAGAGAUGAGUUUUCAGCUGUUUCUUGAAUAUUGUCAGGCAUUUGACUGUCUGGAUGGAAUCAGGAAGAUUCCACCAGCAAGGAUCAGUGAAAGAAAAACAUUCUGGAAAGUGAUUUGUGCACAUCUGUUAUGGAACGAGCCGCUACUCACGUACUGACCACAGGCUUCUGGAGGGGGUUUACACUUGAAAGAGUGAAUGGAAGUAGGAGGGUGUGGAGCCCGUGGCUGUUCUGUAUGUAAGCAUUAGUGUCUAGAAAAUGCGAUCCGCAGCCAAUAGAGAGAUAAAGAGAAGUGUGAUGUGUAGGCUUUCUUAGGCUUAUUGAAAACAAGUCUUGCUGCUUAGUUCUGGUUAAUCUGGGGUUGAUUGCACAUUUUGGAAGUUCAGCCAGAAGAAGGUUGCAACACUCCAGCUUAGAAAGGACAAGGGCCUGGACAAGAAGCUGUGCAGCAUGUUCCAUUAAGAAGGGCCUAAUCUAAAGUUGUGCAUUGCAAACCUGCAGUGGUUAGUACCUACCAAAAGUAGUGCAAGAAAUGACAACUGGUGAACCAGCAUCAGGGUCAUGGGUGCACAAGGUUCAUGGAUACAUGUGGGAAGCAAAGGCAUCUUGUCCGCUACACACAAGAGCUACUGUAGUUAAAAUUGCUGAUAAACUUAAUGCUAACCAUGAUAGAAAGGUUUCAGAACACACACUACUUGGCAGAUUGGUGGGUAUAAGGUCAUAGACUGGUAUACACUGGUCAGAGUGUCCAUGAUGUCCCAUGUCCAGCGCCGAAAGGGCCUAUGGACAUGUGAGCAUCAGAACUAGACCAUGGAGCAAUGAUAGAAGGUUGCCUUUUCUGAGUCAUCUUGUUUU